CUGAUGUCAACUGACGCCGGCCUUGAGCUAUCGCUGUCGCUGUCGCACCUCGAGCUCCCAACCUUUGCAAUCGCGACGCUGGGAACGGGAGAGUCGCUCAGAUGAGGCUACCGCCUGACCUGCCGCUAUGACAUCCGAUGGCCCAGGCGAAGAGCCUUCAACCAGCCUGGGGCGCGCCAACCGAGAAGAUGGGCCCUUCGUCCUCCGGUCCCUGUUGGACGAUGUGCCUCUCUCCGCAGAUGGCUCCCAGGACGAUAUCAAGAUAAACUGCGUCGACUACUUAGACCAUAACCUCUACGUCGGCACCUCAGCCUCCGAGCUCCUUCAUUUCGUGCAAAUCCCCCCCGACCCGAGCGAUAGAUCCGGCCAGUCCGUCUACAUCUUAGCAUCCCGACUAUGCCCUGCCUUUGCAGAACCUUCCGCCAAUCCCUCGGGCUCGUACCCUGGAAUCCAGCAGAUUCUGUUGCUGCCUCGCGUAGGUAAAGCAUGCAUUCUGUGUAACUGGACGGUCACCUUUUACUCCCUACCUGAGCUAAGCCCGGUAUUCGGAACGACCCAAGUCAAGAAUUGCAACUGGAUUGGCGGCAUCGAUCUGAACGAUCCUGCUCUCGAUAAUAGGGGGUCUGAAAGGGGUUCUGGAGUGACGAUUCUACUCUCCUUGAACCGUAGGAUACAGGUCGUUCGAAUUGGUGAAGAUGCGCGGGUGUACAAGAAAAUCGACUUCUCAGGAAGCACCUUGUCAGUGCGACGAGACUCGAUCGCAUGUAUUGCCGACUCCAAGUCGUAUUCACUCGUGGACGUGGACCGGCAACUCAAGAUUCCCCUGAUGAGCAUCUCGGCUCUCGAAGAGUCUCCUCCCGGGGAACUAGGCCAAGCACAGAGUCUCGCGGCAGACACCGUAAGCGGUAUAUUGCGAAGUUCUUCGUCGGCGCAAAACCGACCCACUUCGUUACCUGGCCAUAGUCGGAGUACAAGCCUUGGUGGUGCAAUUUUGGGAACUAUUCGUCGACAAGACCAUCGUGCGAAUGAAGGCGAGGGCCAGGCCUUUCAGACUCAUUCACCUCCAGUCCCUUCCACAAGCCCAAAGCCGCCAAGCGAAGGGCCUUCCACAAGCCCAUCCCUCGACAAGCCAUUACCUGCCGCCCCGUCACCAACAGGAACUCCAACUCAAUCCGCAAGCCCCAGACCAAAGCCCGGGGCGGUAUUUCUCAAACCACAUAUUGCGUCUCCAACGCCAGAUGAAUUCCUUCUGGUGACCGGUACCAACCCCUUGGAACCAGGUAUUGGCAUGUUUGUAAAUUUCGAUGGUGACCCAACUCGUCCAACACUGGAAUUUGAAAGGUACCCAAAGGAAGUUGUUGUUUACAGCCCUUCCGGGGAUCUAUCUUCAUCACGAUCAGCUCUUCAGGAAGAAGACGAGGGCUAUGUCCUAGCUUCAAUGACCAAAGACUUUGAGGAUGGCUUACACCAUGGCCUUGAGAUACAACGGUUCGAUGCAGGCCCUGACGCAAACCGCGGGAAAUUCUGGCUUGAGGCACCAGAAGCCAAGAAGGCGGGAGUGUACGGCAUACGCCAGCUGGCGGGCAGCGAAGAGACAAAAUUCGAAGAAAUUGUCCAAAGGCUGUGUCAGAGGAGAUUCACUCCUUUCUCAGCCGGUCCCGACCCCUCUAUCACUUCCUCCCUGAAGACAUCAGACUCAAGGACAGCAUUAUCCAUAGAGCAACUCUCAAAAGAAAAGGAACUGUUUGAUCAAAAUUUCGACUCUCAAGAGGAGGAGGUGUUGCCCGAGGGCUGGGAAGCUAUCCGAAACUCUGAGGGAGAAGAGUUCGCGCGACAGCUCGCAAAAGCAGAAGCGAGGUUGGCAGUUUGGACUGGCAACGGGAUCUGGUGGGCAAUUCGCAACCCGCUCCUCAUUCAACUUGAUGCCGUGCUUAAAGCCGCGUGCCCAGAGGGGUAUGCAAGCCCACACCUUAUUGACAGGCGAACGAUUUUCACUAUGCUGAACUCGAUCCGUGGCCGUGAUGCACGGACAGAGUUGGAGUUUAUGACUCUGGGCUACAUACGACAGAAGGCCGGAAUUCUACUAUUAACGAACCUUUUGCGAUCUCCAGAAGGACAGCGUUUUUCGGACUUAGAGAUGAAAGCACUGGAGGAGGUCCUAGUUGAUAGCGGCCUCGAUCCGAGAGUCGUGCUAUCACUGGUCCCUGGCAUUCGAAAUGAGAUCAUUGAGGGACAGCGGGGGAUAUGGAUAUAUGGAGGUGUGAGGGAAACAGCAGAGCCCUACCUCCGAAGUGCAGAGUUCGAAAAGGCGGUUAAGGACUCAAUCUCGGCUCUGGAUCCCUCGACAAUGCACUUCCUUAGACGAUUCCUUGGUGCGUGGAGGAAGAAGAAGGGCUUCGGUAGCGUCCCCGAUGAGCACGAGGUCUUUCGUACCGUCGACGCUGCUCUGUUGCUGGUCCUCCUCGAGAUCGAUCAGCACGCCCCCAAAGGCCUAGGCAAAGGCGGCGCAGUCAGGUCUGAACUGAACGACGUGGUCGACAAGGGCGUCGACUGCUUCGACCGUGCCGUCAAUCUGCUCGAAUCUUACCACCGCCUCUUUAUCCUGAGCCGACUCUACCAGAGCCGCAAGAUGUCCGGUGAUGUCCUGGCGACUUGGAAGCGCAUUGUCGAGGGCGAGCGGGAUGAUGGACAGGAGUUCCGCGAUGGCGAGCAGCGCGUCCGCGAGUACCUGGCCAAGAUCAGCAGCCAGGCCCUCGUCCAGGAGUACGGAAUUUGGCUGGCAAACCGCAACCCAAAACUGGGCGUGCAGGUCUUUGCCGAAGACAAGGGCCGGGCCCCCAAGUUCGAGCCCGCCCAGGUUGUCGAGCUCCUCCGAGAAGAAGCCCCCGACGCAGUCAAGUAUUACCUCGAGCACCUCGUCUUCGGCAAGGGGCACACCACCUAUGUCAACGACCUCAUAGCCUAUUAUCUGGAUGUGGUCGUCACGGAUCUCGAGGCUUCGUCCACAAGCCGGGACAUCGUCAUGGCAACUUACGAGGCGUACCGAGCCCUCCAACCCCCAAAGCCCACUUACCACCACUUCCUGCGGGACAAUGCCCCUGAGGACAACGAGAUCUGGCACAGUCGCCUCCGGCUCCUCCAGCUCCUCGGCGGAACUCACGACUACGACGCCGAGGGCAUCCGCGACCGCAUCGCCAACCUACCUUCUGACCUCCUCGUCCCCGAAACCAUCAUCCUCGCCGGCCGCGCCCAUCAGCAUGAAGAUGCCCUGCGCCUCCUUAUACACAACCUCGGCGACUACGACACCGCCGUCUCCUACUGCCUCCGCGUUGGCUCGGGCUCCGACUCGGGCUCGGCCGCGUCUGUUGAGGCUCCCUCGGCUGACGAGCAGCGCCGCCUCUUCCACGUCGUCCUCCGCGAACUUCUCGCCCUAGACGAUGUCAGCGACCGCAUCGAGCAGACGGGUGCGCUACUUGAACGCUUCGGCGGUUGGUUUGAGAUCGACGAGGUCCUCGGCCUUAUUCCCGACAACUGGUCCGUCGAAAUCGUCGCCGGCUUCCUGGUCGGCGCGCUUAAGCGGCUUGUUGGCGAGCGUCAUGAGAGCAUGCUGACCAGGGCGCUCAGCGGCGCAGAGAAUUUGCGGGUCAACUACGAUUUUGUCGUCAAGGUGGAGGAGAAGGGGCCGAGUAUUGAAGCACCCAAUUAAUAUGGUAUGGAGAAGGGUGAUAGAAUGGAGGUGGGGGAAUAGAAGACGGAGAGACAUGGGUGUAU